AUCAUAAACAAUAGGGUGUGCCUACGGUGACAUGCAUGUCACGGUGACUUGCACUUUCCGGUCGACCUCAGUUAGGAUUAGGUCGACCUCAUUUAGAAUUCGGUCGACCUCAUAUAGGAUCUGGUCGACCUCAUUUAGGAUUCGGUCGACCUCAUAGGAUCAGGUCGACCUAAUAUGUUGUUUCAGUGUCAAAACAGUUCAUGGUGCAUACUUUGGAUAUUCAUAUCAUACAAUUGGCUAGAUGGAAAUUGAAGACUAAUGACUUGUUUUGAAGCUGGAGUGUCUCUCUACAUAUUGAAGUGGAAGAGAGCUCGACAGGAAGUCCAGAAGACUAUUUUUGAAUCUCAUCAAAAGGCUAUGCCAAAACUGGGAAACUGCCUGGAAAUGGCUAAGUCUGGAAACGUGUUUGUGAAGGCUAUUUUGGAGCUCAAUUCGAGAAGCAUGAAUGCGAGUCGAUUCCAGGAGCCUCUACCACGUUAAAUUAGGUAUGUUUUUAUAGAAAUUCAAGGCAUUGGAUGAAAGAUUGGAUAUCGGUAAGGAUUCAAACAAAAGGGUCGAAGUUGCUACGAGGGCUGUUUUUCUGGCAGACUUCGAGCACAAGCAAGCUGCCAGAAAAAACAGCCUUCGUAGCAACUUCGAGCCUUUUGUUUGAAUCCUUAAAGAUAUUCAAUCUUUCAUCCAAUGCCUUGCCUUUGUAUAAAAAAAUACGUAAUUUAAUGUGGUAGAGACCCCUGGACUUGACUCGCAUCCAUGCUUCUCAAAUUGAGCUCCAAAGUAGGCUUGACAAACACGUUGCCAGACUUAGCCAUUUUUAGGCAGUUUCCUAGUUUUGGCAUAGCCUUUUGGUCAGGUUCAAAAAUGGUCUUCUGGACUUUCUAUUGAGCUCCCAAGUACUUUAAUGUGUAGAGGGACACUUCAGCUUCAAAACAAGCCUUUAAUCUCCAAUUUCCAUCUAGCCAAUUGUAAGAUAUGAAUCUCCAAAGUAGACACCAGGAAACUGUUUUUACACUGAAACAACAGAUUAGGUCGACCUAAUCCUAUAUGAGGUCGACCGAAAAGUGCAUGUCACCGUGACAUGCAUGUCACCGUAGAAAAGUUCUAAACAAUAAUAUUUAUUACCAGAAUUAUUUAUUUGGUACAUGAACGAAAGCAAUUUAUAUGAUUAUUAAAAAUAUGUAAAAAUAAUAUACAUAAUAAGUUUUA